CGAGCCUCCCUCUCUCAGCAUCCCCCCCACCCCCGCCGUGCUCCCACUGGCACGGCAACCCCACGGCUUUCUCCCGUCACUCGCUCGGGCAGCUCGGGCAGCAAACUCUCGGCGCUGGCUUGCAACAACCACCACCACCACCAACCACCACCACAACCCCUCCCCACUCUGGACUCUUUGCGCUCUCCGUCCCAUCGUGGGCCCAGUGGGGGGGGGGGGGGUCUGCUCUUGCCUUGUCCACCACCCGCUCUCCUCGUGUUUGUCUCUCUGUCUCUCCGUGCCAGUGGCCACUUCGGCUGAGCCAUCAUCGUUCAUCCCCGACUCCUGCGCGCGCGACGCCUCCUCCCGCUGCCGCUUGGUUUUAGCAGCGUGCAGGUUUUUUUUUAAACGCAAAUACGCGCACGCGCGCGCGUAUUAAAUUGACUACUAAUCGGUAAUAAUAAUAAUUAUAAAAGAAAAUAACAGCUAGUCCGUGUUCGUCGCCUGGCUCGCUGGCUGAGUGGGGGGGUAGGGGGGGUAGGGGGGGGCUUGUUAGUUUUGGAUGCAGUAGGAGAAGAGGAGGCUCAAGCGCAGCGCAUUUAAAAUCCUGACCAGCUCCGCAGCACGCUCGCGCGCGCGUGAGACCUACGCGUUCCUCCGUCCGUUCACUCAUCCCUGGGAGCAAGCCGCCGACUCCAGCACACACACAGACACACAGAGAGCCCGGCCUCCUAGCCCCUCCGACCGACCCCUCUUCUCCUUCUCUGCACCCCUUGGCCAUUAUGUACGCCGGACGUAAGAGGAGAAAGCCUGUCCAGCGAAGCACCAAGCUGGUGCCGGUGGAAGGAGCCAAGUCUAACCCAUCCAAGCGGCAUCGCGAGCGCCUGAAUGCAGAGCUGGAACGGCUGGCUGGGUUGCUGCCCUUCCAACAGGACGUCAUCUCCCGGCUGGACAAGCUGUCCAUCCUCCGCCUCAGCGUCAGCUUCCUUCGUGCCAAGGGCUUCUUCCACGCCCUGAAAAGCAACAGUGGUGACCGGAUCAAGGAUGCCUCAGGGACAAGCGACAUGGUCCUACCCGAGGGUGAACUCCUUUUACAGGCCCUCAACGGCUUCGUGUUGGUUGUCACAUCGGAGGGACUCGUAUUUUACUCAUCACACACCAUUCAGGACUACCUUGGCUUUCACCAGUCCGAUGUCAUCAACCAGAGUGUGUUCGAGCUCAUUCACACCGAGGACCGCAGCGAGUUCCAACGCCAGCUGCACUGGGCGUUCAACCCACCGGGCGGACAGGACAGCACUACGGGGGCUCACGCAGAGACUCCGUCCUGCUCGUUCCUGGUGACGUAUAACCCCGAGCAGCUGCCACCUGAAAAUUCUUCCUUCCUGGAGCGCAACUUUGUAGCGCGAUUCCGCUGCCUCUUGGACAACUCCUCUGGAUUUAUGGCGCUGCACUUCCAGGGCCGCCUCAAGUUCCUGCACGGGCAGAACCGCAAGGCGGCUGACGGCACCCAGGUGCCGUCGCAGUUGGCGCUGUUCGCCGUCGCCACGCCGCUCCAGCCGCCCGCCAUCCUGGAGAUCCGCACCAAGAACAUGAUCUUCCGUACCAAGCACAAACUGGACUUCACUCCCCUCGGCUGCGAUGCCAAGGGCCGUGUGGUGUUGGGCUACACAGAGAUCGAACUUUGCAUGCGGGGCACGGGAUACCAGUUCAUCCACGCUGCUGACAUGCUGCACUGCGCAGAGAAUCACGUGCGGAUGAUGAGGACCGGAGAAAGUGGCCUCACGGUGUUCAGGCUUCUCACCAAGGACAAAGGCUGGACCUGGGUCCAAGCAAACGCUCGCCUCGUGUACAAGAACGGGAGGCCUGACUACAUCAUUGCAACUCAGCGGCCACUUUCGGACGAGGAGGGAGCGGAGCAGCUGCGCAAGCGCUCGUUGCACCUGCCCUUCACGUACGCCACGGGCGAGGCGGUGCUCUACGAGUGCAGCUUCACGCUGCCCCCGUCGCUCGACCCCAUGCAGCCGAAGGGGCACGGCGGCGGUGGCCGUGGGAAAAAGGGCUCGGGCUCCAAAGGGGCAGCCGGGGGAUCGGGUGCUCGGGGCUCGCUGGAUCCCGAUUCUUUGCUGGGCGCGAUGCUCCGGCAGGACGAGUCGGUGUACGUGUGUCCGCCCGACCCCGUUCCCAAGUUCUCUUUCUCCAAGAGCUACUUCUCGGAGCUGGGCAGCAUGGGAAGCUUGGACGUUGUGGACCAGCUGUCGAGGGGCCGUGCGGUCGACAGGGCCACCAUCACAGAGGAGUCCUCCGCCGACAUGAAGCCGGAUAUUAACACGGCUCUCAUGCUCACACACGAGUUGGCUGACUUUGGGCAGCAGAGCUGCUCCACGAUGCCCGGCCUCGGCCUCGGCGGCGAGGGCGACAGCGACGACGGGGCCGGGGGCGACCUCCUCAGCGCCCUGCAGUGCUUCGGCAUCGGCGUGGACGAGCUGGAUGUGUUCGAGCAGGACGAGCGGCUCGUGAUGCUGGAGCUCGACUCGCUGUCGGCGCAGCUCAAUGAGACCAUCUCCAACAUGGACAUCCUGGACUACGUCGACGACUCGCUGAGCCGCCGCACGGGGCAGCUCUCCCAGGGGGAGCUCCCGGCCAAGCCUGAGAGCUCCCUUUCCUGUCCAAGCUCAUCGCAGAGUCUCGCUUACAUACAGCCGCAAGUGACUAAUCAGCAGCAGCAGCCGCAGCAGCCACAGCAGCAGCAGCAGCAGCCGCCUGCCAAGCAAGCACAUCAGCAAAUGUUUUACAAGCCGAAGAUAAACAGGAGAUACACCAGCUGGGAUGAGCAACAGCAACACGCAGCAAUGCAGCAGCAUCCCCAGACGUCACACCAGCCCCAGCGGCAGAGAUUGCAAUCAAUGCAGCACCAAGCAGGGGCCCCGAUCGUCAAUGGGCAAAUUCAGCAGCGCGCACAGCAGCAGCAGCAGCAGCAGCAAGUAAUGCAGUCUUACCGAUACACUCCUUUGGAUGACGGUGGUGAGCAGUAUAACGUGGAGGCUGCUACUGCCGCCGCUUACACCCAGAGCUUUCCACCCUGUCAGCAAAUGCAGCUGAACAGCGGGGUUGCGGUCGACAGCAGCAGCAGCAGCAGCUACGGCCGCCUGGGCUGCAGCAGCAGCAGCAGCAGCAACGGGGCGGCCCAGUCAGGGGAAGGGCAGUGCAGGACAGCUGCAGCUGGAAGCUCCAUCUGUGGCUAUGCCACUCAGCUGCAGCAGUUCGUACCCUCAAAGAUGCCGGCUGCUCAAAGCUUCAUGCUGAAGCAGAACUUUAACCUGCUGUCCUCUUGCCAGUACCAGAGCCAACAGUGCCCAGCUACUGUCAUGAAAGAGCAGCUCACCGGCGAGGUAUCUGAGCGGCAGCAGCAGCAGCGGCACCAACUGCAGCAGCAGCAGCAGCAGGAGGAGGAGGACCUCCUGAUGUCUUGUUCAGGCAUCUCAUGCACACUGGAACAGGAAAGGCAGUACAAGCUCCCCAUGGACCGCAACAUCGGAAAUGGCAACGUGCUCUACCAAGGCGUCAACUGCGAGCAGCUGAGCAGUUUUCCUGACGGAGAAACCCUUCCAGUCCACCCUGGCAUGAGCCAGCCCAUGCCUGAUGCCAUGCAGUACUUUCUGGACUCAUAAAUAAGGGUGGCAAAGGACAACCCAUCUGUGCCCUCUUCCAAGCAAUACACUAAAGUGUUACCAGCAAAUUAUGCAGUGUUAUUGCCAUAGAGUAAGUGUGCCACAAAGUUUUGAAAGCUCUUGUUUUUUUUAAUUUAAUAUGUAUACAUGUUUUUGUGAUCCUGAUAUGUGUAUUUGACAUGCACUAACCUUUUUUUCAUCAUUAUUAUUGUUGUUAAAUACACAUAAUGUUAUACAUUUUUAUUAUAUGAUCUGCAGAGAGUAUUCAUCUGAUGAUUUGGCUGGUAAGUUGUUGUGAUUUCUAGAUUGACCAUUAAAGUUCCAAAAACUGUAAGUGUUAAAGGUAUAUGAUAUUAUGUGUGAUGAUUAUUGUAUUUGACGCAAUAUGGAAACAUUUAAUGAUGCAUUAUUUUUGGUUUGUUUACAUCAUGUUGCUGAUAAGUCAAUGUGGCUAUGAUAAAAAUAACGCACAAAAAUCAGGCAUGGGGAGAUGCCAAUUUUAUAUUAAAGUAUAACACAGACAAGAGACAAAACUAAAAUCUGGCAUACAUAACCUGAUAUUUUUUAUUAUGAACAUUAUUUACUGACUAUACUGUAAUAUAUGUACCCAUGAGUUGUUUUCCUUUUUUUUCUAAGACUAUAUAAACUUAUUCUAAUAACGGCUGCACUCUGCAGAGGAAGGAAUGAAACCAUGUUGCACUAUGAAGUGGACCCUGGCCUAUUUUUUUCUGAACUAUCUGAAGGAUUUAGCUUAUUAACAUUGUAAAACAAUGCUGAAAUAUUCUGUGCUUCCCAUGCCAAGCAUUUUUUUUUUAUCACGUUAUCGUUCAAGAGACUGUGGCGGUGGUGAAUUGUCGGCUGAGUAAUCUAACCUGCACCAAAGCGCAGAGUAAAUGAGUAUUUGUGUCAUGAAGGAUUUUUAUUUCUAUUGUUGUGUAGGUAGUUGUGGUUGUGGUGUCCACCAACAGGGGCUGGCUUAGGAGAAUGGGGCCCUGUGCAAACUGGCUCCCCCUCCCAAACGUUUGUCCCAAGGUGGCAUGGUUAUAAGCACAAACUAUCGUGAACAUUACUACGCCUUAACACGGAGGCUUUCACAACCAAUAGCACGGUUCAUUAUUGAUCUUAAGGUCAGAUCGCGUCAGCUAAAUGCGUGGUAAAACCCUCCAAUAUGCAACAAUUGUUAAAUGUUGUGAAUUUCUCUGCAACCCGCCGGUGUGCCGAAGCAGUCAUAGAUUGGCGUGAUUGUUUGCGUGACAACCUUAUUAAUUGGCUGUGUCGGGUGGAGGGAGUUUACAACACACAUUUUACUUACGCGAUCUGACCCAAACAAAAAAAUGUGCGAAUAACUACACCUGUUACACAUGCUGACAGCGCCUCCUCAGAUCAACGCCUCCCGGCUCUCCGACAAUGUGCGUCCUGGUUGCGUUGUUCGACAUGGGAAUCACACCGCGUGUUGUUCGACGUGGGAAUCACACCGCGUGUUGUUGGACAUGGGAAUCACACUGCGUGUUGUUCGACAUGGGAAUCACACCGCGUGUUGUUCGACAUGGAAAUCACACCUCGUGUUGUUCGACAUGGGAAUCACACCGCGUGUUGUUGGACAUGGGAAUCACACCACGUGUAGUUCGACAUGAGAAUCACACCACGUGUUGUUCGACAUGGGAAUCACACCGCGUGUUGUUCGACAUGGGAAUCACACCGCGUGUUGUUCGACAUGGGAAUCACACCACGUGUAGUUCGACAUGAGAAUCACACCGCGUGUUGUUGGACAUGGGAAUCACACCGCGUGUUGUUCGACAUGGGAAUCACACCACGUGCUCUCCGGCAUGGGAAUCACACCUCGUGUUGUUCGGCAUGGGAAUCACACCACGUGUUGUUCGACAUGGGAAUCACACCACGUGCUCUCCGGCAUGGGAAUCACACCUCGUGUUGUUCGGCAUGGGAAUCACACCACGUGUUGUUCGACAUGGGAAUCACACCACGUGUUGUUCGACAUGGGAAUCACACCACGUGUUGUUCGGCAUGGGAAUCACACCUCGUGUUGUUCGGCAUGGGAAUCACACCACGUGUUGUUCGACAUGGGAAUCACACCACGUGCUCUCCGGCAUGGGAAUUACACCUCGUGUUGUUCGGCAUGGGAAUCACACCGCGUGUUGUUCGACAUGGGAAUCACACCUCGUGUUGUUCGACAUGGGAAUCACACCACGUGUUGUUCGACAUGGGAAUCACACCACAUGCUCUCCGGCAUGGGAAUCACACCACGUGUAGUUCGACAUGGGAAGCACACUGCGUGUUGUUCAGCAUGGAAAUCACACCUCGUGUUGUUCGACAUGGGAAUUACACCUCGUGUUGUUCGACAUGGGAAUCACACCUCGUGUUGUUCGACGUGAUUUCCAUGCUGAACAACACAACCCGAAAAAACAUCAGAGAGAGUAAUUAUUAUUUUGUUGUUUUCAUUUUGAAAUAUUCCACCACUCAGUAUUUUUUAUAUAUAUAGUUUAAGGUUGUAUGAACUGUUGGGUGUGGUGCAGAUUAAAGGAUUGUUUUCUUUGCAUUGUUGUUUUGAAUAUUGCAGUACAUAGCCAUAAGCAAAUGCAACACUUAUGAGUUUGUGAAACGAUUGUAGAAUACAUAGCAUACAUUGCUACACUACCUAUUUCCAAAAGAACAAAUCAAACAGAUAAAAAUAACCAUUGUUUAUAUAUAUACAUUACGUCUCAAAAUAAUGUAAAUUAACCACUGAAAUCUACCAGUAUUUAAUUGUGCAAUUAUGAAACGACCAAAACGAUACACAGGACUUCAAUAAAGACAACUAUGAAGAAAUUCACGUGUAAUUGUUAAAGUGCCAGAAUAUAUAAAAAAAAUGUUAAUAAUGUACUUUUUUUACAUUGUCUUACUGCUAAAUAAAAGUGGAAGCGUUUUGGAAUAUCUGUCCAAGUCCGUCACUCAAACUCAAUUCAUAGAUGUGAGUCUGCAUGGAGGGUACAUCAUAUACAAAUACAAUGUCUAAAGCAACUGGAAUCAGAUUCAAGUGCAAUUCGAUUACGCUAUUGCUUUAUGUGUUUAACAUCGCAAAGCGACGCCUGUGAUUUGCUAAGUGAAAUCCGUGUGGUAAAAUAACAGUCCAUUUGUUAUUAAACACGAUGUUAAGGGUUUUGGCCUCCAUAGCAUCCCUUUCAAUUUCCCUUCAUUGAAAUCAACUCAAGAAUGUUGAUCUCAUGGGCCCAGUGGGAAUGGAGCCCUUUCAAUGUCGAUUUUUUUUAUCUUUAAAAUUUAAUUCGAUUUAAAAAUCUACAUUGGAACUUUUAAGUAUGAUUUAAAACAAAUUUCUUGCCAACUGAUUUUUGUCUUCAGUUUGUUGUGCUUCGUCCGCAACCUCCCGAUUAGUACGGUUGGCUACGUACGGUGCGAAAGAAGGUCAACCAGACGAACAUGAACAAUGUGAUGACGUUAAUGAGGGAGUAGACAUUCGCAGCUAAUAGAAAACGUCACGUGAAAAACACACUGCGAUUAUUAGCUGCGUUUUUUAAAAAUAAAUAUGUAUUUUUUUAAGAUCCUGAGAGGAACGACUGUCUACACGUCAAUUAACGAGUCUUCGACCGACAGGAAUAGUUGUAACCGUUUAUUUAAUGCACAAGUGGCGAGGCAGCAAUUCUAAAGUUAUUCGGAAGUAAUUUAGAAGUUUUACAAUAGAAUUGUAAAACAGAAUUGUAAAAAUACAUGACAAGAGAGUAAUGUUUCUGAAUAAGUAUUGAUAAUUAGUAUUGUUGAUCAAGCAUGGAAUUUCAAUA